AAUUUUUAGUGGUGAUUGGUGCAGUCAAAGUUGAAGAGAAGGAAUCAGAAGGAAGGGCCUUGUAAUCAGCACUGUGCGUUGAGCCGCAGCGAAAUCGCAGUUGCUCCGAUGUGUCAGGAAGAUGAGCAAGUGGCGCAAGCAUCCGAUAUAGAAAUUUCAGCCUUAGUUGGGUGGUUGGCAACGAAUAGUGAUGGUAUACACGACACGGAUAUUGUUGAGUAUUGUUCGAGACUGGGUGCUAGAAACUACAAUUUCAUAAAUUAUCCAGUUGGUGGUAUGAAACGGUCGUCAUGGCGUCCUGAAAAAGACGGCGCUCCACCUCCAAUAGAUCUUCCGGAUUUGCAACUCGAUGUUAAAUUAUGGGGGACAUAUGUUAUAGGACGGAUAUCGGACUGGAUAGAUUGCGAUGCGAACGAAACUUGGUUGGCAGAUUUAUCAUGCGUUGAAAUUGAAAAGGAACUUAAUUAUAUGACUUACAUGCCAUUGCAUGUAUUAACGUUGGAACUAAAACAUCGUGAUUCACCAAAAUUGGCAGAAAUAUUAACAAAGUGGAUGUGGACGCGGAAUAUGACUUACAGUGUUUGGGUAUUUAUGCCAACUGAUGAAAAUCUUCUUCCUGUCGUGGACUGUGGACAAGAUACUCGUGAUAUUUGGAGAAUAUGGGCUGAUUUCCGGAGUCUCUGCACGAAUUAUCCGAUGCAGAAGUUAGCUGUUGGAUUAAGAUUAUGUCCUAAUCUAGCCGAUGAAUUCCUGGAACCACGGCUGUAUAAGCGCUGGCACGCUGAGCCGCUAUGCUCAUUUUGUAUUGAAACAUCCAUUUUCACAUCUAGUGGACAGUACGGCAAAUGUACGCUGUCACCAGCACAUUACCGUUUAUUAAUGGACUUAUUCGUGUCAGUGGUGCAGCGACCGCUAAUACACUGCAGUACCUCUGAACAAGUUGAUGAGCAUCUUCGACUGCAGUACGUAAAUAUGAUCAAACAACUGAUACAGGAAAAAGCAAUUCAGUCAAAAGAGGCUGCCCUUGCUGGCAAUGACGAUAAUGUUUUAUUUGAAUAUCUUGGACAUCGAGAGUAUAUCGAUACUUUACAGAUGCCUCUGCAACCAUUAGCGGAAAAUCUUGAUUCGGGUACUUACGCAAUUUUUGAAGAGGAUUCGGUGAAAUAUGAUAUAUAUCGUGAAGCGAUAUGUUAUGCUGUUGAGGAUCUCGUUAAAAUAAUUAGUGAGGAGCGAAACAUCGUUGUGUAUCUUUUAGGAGCAGGGCGAGGGCCCCUGAUGCAAAUGAUAAUUGAAGCUGAAGAAUUAUUCAAUGCAAAAAGUUGUAAUCGCCGCGAAUUGCUGAGGCUUGAACUCUAUUCAAUGGAGAAAAAUGCACAUGCCGUCGUUACUUUGCAAUUUAGAAACAAACACCACUGGAAGAAUCGAGUACGAAUUAUUGAGGGCGAUAUGCGAAAGUUGAGUGAAAAAGUCAGAGCUGGUCAAUUGCCAUCUCCAGAUUUAGUUGUUUCGGAAUUGCUGGGAUCUUUUGGUGAUAAUGAACUGUCUCCUGAAUGUCUCGAUAGUAUUACGGAUAUUUUGCGCCCAACUACUAUCAGUAUUCCUCAACAGUAUACCAGUUACAUCGCUCCCAUUCAGUCGGUUCGUUUACAUCAAAAAGUACUGUGCUGUUCAGGUGUUACAAAAUAUUUUGAGCGUGGUUUUCCUGGCCGUGGACGAUUGGAACCCAUUAAAUUACAAGAUGGCACUUACGCAUUACCUGAAUGCCCGGAAGCUUCGCAAUUCGAUGAAAUAUAUGUAGUUUGCAUGCGUUCUGUUUGUGAGCUUGCAAAGCCCAAAGCUGUUUUCAAUUUCGAGCAUCCAAAUUUUGAACGAAAAUCAAAUGCCCGGAGUGCAUGCAUUCAAUUCGCAGUUGAUAUGCAGUCGGAGUUAAUGGGAUUCGCAGGCUACUUUACUGCACGACUUUAUAGAAAUUGCCAGUUGAGCAUUGUUCCACAGACGCACACAAAAGGUUUAGUCAGUUGGUUCCCAGCUCUUAUACCACUUCGAAAUCUUUAUCGCUUACAGAAGGGUACUGAAGUCAUCUUUCAUGUUGAACGGAAAAUUGAUAUGCAAGGUGUUUGGUACGAAUGGUUUUGCGAAUUCCAGGAUACCGAUGGAAAAGUCAGAACGACACCUUUGCAAAAUAAGGAUGGUAUGAGUUAUUUCAUGCGCUUAUAAGUAUCUGAUUUAUCGACUGAUAAAUGUGUGCAUGUCGGGUGAUGUUUCCGCUAUUUUGGACGAAUUGUCAGUGUUGAAUUCUUGUCAUAUUUCUGUUCAGGCAUUUGAGAGUUGUGAUUCCAUGUUGAUGGCUUUUGAAACGUUGAAUUGUAUCGACUUGUUGUUGUUGCUUUCGUAUUUCUUGCUAUUUUAAAAAAUAAGUUGUUACUGCGGGCGGACCGUAAUGUUUUAUGAAGAGAGUUGCUUGUUAUAUAGCUGAUCCAAAAUUUGAUUCUCACAGACAUGAAUUUUGCUAGCAAAUGAUUAUCAGCUUUGUCCAUUGUGCACAUGGUUGAGAUGGAUCUAUUAUGUUCAAGACAAGUAAAAGGUUUUCUUUGAACUAAAGAUUUUAAUGCUGCAAUUAAUUGUUAAUUGUUGCUUUGUUCAUGUGAUCUUUAUUGCCUUCCAGCAGGAAUGUUUCUUCCUCAGAGGUUUUACAGGUAUGCUUCGAAAAAAAGUCACUGUUUUUUGUCCUUCUGUGAAAGUAACACAUUGGUUGUCUAAUCUAUUUUGCUAUUGUUUUAUGAUUUUAUUAUACUCCACUUUAAUCUGUUAAAUUGAUUCAACAAAGUUCGAAACUAUUGUUCUUUUUAAAAAUUUGUUUUCAACGUG